ACCGCCUAAUAGCGCCGGGGAGGCAAUAAGUGAGAGCGCGGUGCGUCGCGCGUUGGAUCCGAUUGAUGAGCAAAAAGCAGGCGAUACUGGAGCGAUCGAAAUCUCCCCAGGUGGAUGGAUUCUACAGGAGCAUGCGCACUCGGUGGCGGUGACGUGUGUGUGAUAUUGGCUGAGAAAUAUUAGAUAGUGAGUGGGCAACUGGGCUCAGGUCGAUUCAAUCCUGUAUGCAGCUCGAUCGAAAGAGGCGACAUCGUCAUCAUUGUGUGACAGCCUGCAACUAGUACAUGCAUUGAAAUAUUGCGUUAGAGCCUUGGGCUAGUAGUAGUAGCUGCGCCGUCAAAUACAUAAAACAAACUCGCUCCAUUGUGACCAAGCACUCAAACCAGUCAUGCUUCUGUGCAAAAAUGCGAGCGACUGAGCUUUGUAUUCAUUUUAUUAUUUUGCAGAUGGGAACUCGUCAGAAAGAUGAGCUCACUCCAACACCAACAGGUUGGACUGACCGGGCUCCAGGCUCUCUGAAGCCCUGCCGUACAGUUAACUACGUCAAGGCCUGACCGAAUUGCCAGGCUGUACACGGUGAACUUUUGACGCGUCUUCCUUGACAACUCAUCGCAUGCUAGCUGAGACAUUAUAACGCAACAACCUAUGAAUCAUCGAUGUUAUAAAUAUACAGUGGACUAAUAUAGAAACAUUUAGAAAGCCACGGACGUACAGGAGAGGAGAGAAAACUUUUCAACCAUUACUGUGUAAUUAUUAGAAAUAGUUCCCGCUCUCCGGGGCCGGGAUCCCAAGGGUACCACAACGGCCGCCCGACUCCUAGACAAGCAGGCCCGACGCGCCUCCGCCGCCUCAGACCCUGCACUCGCCAGCCACAUGAUCGAGAAGAACCUUAAGAGGGGUGGGGAUCGGGAAAACGGCCCGCAUCACCCACACCACCACCACCAGCACCAGCGGGCCAACACCCCAGACCCCCACGUAUCUUGCAAGGACCCUCCGGCUUCUCCACUAGCCAAGUCGCUACACUGGAGCAUCGCUGAUAUGACCAUCAAACAACAACAGGAGCACUCAUACCGGGGCAGGAGCUCCAGCCUUCCUUUCUUAACUCUCAAGGAUUUGCCCAAACUCCAGCAGCCACCCGUUCUCAGGGUGGUCUUACUGGGAACUGCCGGGGUAGGGAAGUCUUCCCUCCUCAUGCAAUUUGCUUCCUCUUUCUACACCGACGUCAGCGACUAUGAAUCGAUGCUGUCAGAUAAUCCUGAGGAUGAAUUCUACGAAAAGACAGUGGAGAUCGAUGGGCAGAUUACGACAUUACACAUAAUGGACACGCCCUCUUACGGCCAGGCCGACUUUGAGGAGAAGGAAGAGCAGUACCUCUCGGACGGCGACGCUUACCUACUGGUCUACUCCGUCACCGACCGCCGGAGCUUCAAGAAGGCCAACGAGCUCCGGUUCAAGCUCCAGCGGACCAAAGAGACGGAGACGGUGCCCAUCAUCCUGGUGGGCAACAAGACGGACCUGGAGAGGUCCAGGGAGGUCUCCUUUGCAGAGGGGAAGCACUUUGCGGCCUUGUUUGACUGCAAGCUGAUCGAAACCUCGGCAGCUAUCUCCCACAACGUCGAUCAGCUCUUCCACGGGGUCGUCCGGCAGUUCCGGCUGCGCAGCCGGCUCAAAUCCGACGAAGGAGAGGAGGAGUCCGGUAGCCGGGGCAGCAUGGACUCCACAGGGAAAGUGGACAGCCCCUGCCGUGGGUCGAGCGUCGUGCAGAAGCGGCGCCGGUCCUCCAUGCUGAACCGGGCCCGUGGGGUGCUGGAGCGGAUACUACGGCGGAGGAGCGCAGACGAGCCGCCAGGUUACCGCGCACGUUCUAAGUCUUGCCACGUUAUGGAAGUAUUGUAGACCGUGUAGCCAAUUAGGAGGAGCGAUUCACAAUACAGGGCGCCACCAAAAGUUGACCAGGAGGAGGUCACGUGUCAACCUCACGGUCAACUUCCUGCAUUGACUAUCAGUUUGUUACCGUCAUUCAUUUCUGACUUCAGUGCAUAACAACAAAAAAA